AUGUUCUGGUCUAGAAAAAUUGCAUUAACUGGAGGUCCUUGCGGUGGUAAAACAUCAGCAAUGAAUUACUUGCAUUCGUAAUUUAAAAAAUGGGGCUUUACUGUAUUUAUGACUCCAGAAGCCUUCACAGUAACUGCACAAGGACAUGCCCAUGAGCUGUAUGGAAUAUUAAAGUAAUAAGACGUAAAUGAUUUUUGUAAACUUGGUGCUAAAAUAACUAAUUUAUGCUACUUUUUUGAAGAAUACUUUGAGGAUUUAGCUAAGCUAUCAAAAAAGCCCACAAUUUUAUUUUGUGAUAGAGGUAUUUGUGAUACAAAGGCUUAUUACCCUGAAUUAUGCUGGGAUAUGACUCUUUAGGAAGUAAAAAUGAAUGAAAAGUAAAUUUUAGAUAGAUAUUAUGCUAUUCUACAUUUAGCAACAACCGCCAAAGGUGCUAAAGAUCAUUACAUCACAAGCAAUAAUAUGGCUAGAAGGGAAUCAGUAGAAGAAGCAAUUGAAGUUGAUGAUAAAAUAUUCAAUUCUUGGAAAAAUCAUAAAAGACUGAUAUAUGUAGGAAAUGAAAAUGUUAAAACAUUUGAUGAGAAAUUAAAUAAUAUUUAAGGAAUAGUUGAAGAUCUUUUAUAGCUUCCAAAGAAUCCUUUAUAAACUUUGAAGGUUAGUGUAAAUUAAGAAGAAUUAUACAAUUAUAUACUCUCUUCUAAUUAGGACAAUUACAUUACUUUGGAAUAAUUCGAUAUUGAAAAUGAAUACUUAAAUAAUUCAUUUGUAUAAAAGAUAAAGUAAAAAGAUGGCAAAAUUUCUUAUCAAAUGGGAGUAGAAAUGCAACACCCAGAAAAACCAUUUUAUCUCUAUUAGAAAAUCACAGAAGAAGAGUAUAAUAAAUGUAAGAAAAAAGUACCCUCAAAGCUAUUAUAAUAAAUUUAAAUUAAUGGGUAGACUCUUACCUUAUAACAGAAUAUUUAAGACUAAUUACACCAACAAUAAUAAACAAUUCCAUAAACAACUUUAAUGGCCCCUAAAAAUAUAAUCUUACCCUCAUUCUUUGUAGUCAAUUAAUGA